UACAGAAUGUGGUGAGAUCAGCACCAAGUCCAACCUCAGAAACCUGCCCUUUUCCUGUUUAAUAAAGAGCUCAGCAUCAGUGAGGUGUUUGUGAUGUCGCCUGGUGUCUCUGUGCUUUGAUCGGUCGUUUUCCAGUUUUCAUCACAGAGCGAGAAGGAGCAGAGAGGCUGAGAUGACAGCUCACAGCUUCAACAUCUUCAUCGUCUUCACACUUUGUCUGAGCUUCAGCUUCCACCCAAGCCAUGGUUUUGAGGUGUUUCAGCCAAAGAGUCGGGCUGUGAACCCAGACGGGUCGACCUCUGUCAGCUGUGAACAUAACGCAAACGUCACCUCUGUCAAAGAUGUUCGACUCAACGCCAUAUUGACAACAUACAAACCUCGACUGCUCUGCCAGAAGGGGAAGAAAGACUGUAAGAACAUCAUCAUGCAUCAAGUGAAUCUUAAAAGGUGGCUUUUCAUCCUGCUUGAUGUCGGGCCAGAGGCCAUGAAAAUAACAUACCAGUGUGAGUUCACUGUGAUAAUAGAUGAGCUAGAGCACACCAAGGAGGGAACACCAACUAGACUACUGCCAGUAGGUCAAAAGGAAGGACCCUGCACACCUGAACCUCCUCCUUCACCUCCUCCUCCUCCUCCUCCUCCACCUCCUUGUCUUCAGUUUCAUCAGCUCAGGUGGAUUCUGAUUGGUCUGCUGGCUCUGAUGUUCCUGUAUAGCUGCAUCAUCACCUGCUUCUACAUCAGACUGAGGAGCAGCGACAUAGAUCCUGAAAACUCCGUCUACGUUGAAAUGAGGAAAGCGCCUCAGCAAAUGAAUUCACCUUUUGACAUUUAUUGUGGGUAGCUGACUCACUCUUCUUCACCACUGGCAAUAUGCUGAAUGUAAUGAGAGGGAAAACACUGCUGUUGUUGCAGCUGGUAUCAAAGCCUUGCUUUUAGAUAUCUUUCGUUUGUAAAUGAGUUUAAAACUGCUGUAGUACUGAAGAUGAACAGCAGGGUGAGACAAAGACUGUCUAAAGCACCCAUGAAGUCUGCCAUUGUACAAUUGUUCAUCUCUACUGUAUGCAAUGUGGCACCAGGACAUUAUCCAUUAAGUUCUUGUAUGUAUAUGGAUAUAUAUAUAAUUUAUUAUGAAUUUUUUUCAAUCAGUGCUUUUAAAAUCCCAGUUAAUGGGAGUUUUCUAAUGCUUCCACUGAGUGAAUUCACGCAUAUGCCCACAAAUUAAUCUAUGUGACUGUUUGGGUUCAACUUUGUUGAACUGUGACAGUGUUCUCCCUGGAAAUACUUUCUAUUGAAUGAAAUGGUGAACAAAAUGCCACAGGAAAAUGAACAGAAGAGUAGAGAGAAGCUGCAGGAGCUAUAGUGGCCCUGCAAGUCACUGUCAUCAAGUUUUGGGCCACCACCUGUUUCCUGUGAAUGAGUGAGUGUCACUUUGUGUGAAUUUCACCUUGCAAUAUCGAGGAAUAUACAAUUAAAUUGACAAAAAAUUAUUUGGACAUAAAUAAUGGUUAUCUUUUAACAUUUCAAUUUUCAUUUAUCAGUUUUGUAAAACUAAAGUGAUUCUUAUAUUCUCCAGUCUUAAAAAAAUGUGUAGCUGUAUUGUGAAAAAAACAAAAACAAACCAAAACUAAAAUGCACUUGUAUGUCUACAGUCUGUUUGUUGAACCUUUAUAGCGACAACUCAUCUUGAGUCUGUAGUUAGGCUAGCUAUGAAUCGAAAUCUAAAAAUGGAAAAGUCUGUUUUCUCGGGCUGUAUUCGGGCGCCUUUCACAAGAAUUUAAACCUUUGAAACCUGAGCAAACUGGUUUGAUUUAUUUUGAAAAUGUACAAAAUAGGCAAUGAGCAACUUGAAGAAAUGUCCCGCAAAUUUCAAGAAAAUAGUAAUAUGUGAUAUGAAAAAUGAUCUAAAGAAGAAAAGAGAGAGAAAGAGAGGGAAAAUUAUUCGGAAAUUAUCAAAAAAAGGAGGAAAAAUGCCUAGAAAAAUGUAUUCAUACUUAUUAUAAUUAUGUUUAAAAUUGUGUCACAGGAAAAAAAAUCUCUCUUUCUCUAUAUAUAUUUAACACUUUUUCAAGGUCAUUUGCUUGUUUGUUUUUUAUUUAAUUUCAUGCAUAUUUGUGGGUCAUCUCUUAUAAAGUUUCUCAUUGCCUCUUAGUUUCAUUCUUGAAAGGAAUUAGGUCAAUUUGUUCAGGUUUUAAAGGGUUAAAAACAGAGUUGCCUCCCCUGCACUGAGGAAAGAGAGGACAUGAGGACAGAGAGUCAGGGAAGGAAAUAUAAAAUGACUUGAAAAACUGCUCCUUAUUAUUCCAACCCAAACCGUCUUUUUCUGAUGAUACCUGAAAACCACAUAGCUUUUUUGCACUAUAAAUGAUAACUUAACUCAGUUUUCUUCAUUUCCCCUGUAAAUGUAAUGUACUUUAUUUUAUACUGUCUAAUUUGCAUUCCUUUUUUGUAACCACAAUGUUCAUGCACAUGCACAUUACAAUGUUUAUUUAGUGGCCUUGUAUUUAUUUUUUUCUUUAUUAUUAUGCAUUUUUACUGGCCGCUGGUCGUCCCAGGAGAAAGUUUGGUGGGCUUCCGUCUCAUGUCUAGCAGCACUCUUCUGGUAUGAAGUGCAUGAUUGGAGAUGCUUUGAUCCACUCCAGAGGAAAAAAGUUAAGUCAUGGACAAAUCAAUGCCAUUACUCAUCCCUCAGUGGACGAGCCUCCUCUUGACUUGAAGGUGCUUCAAGGUGGGAAGGAGAGUAAGACAAGUUUGGGUGCAGCCCAACGUGGCCCAGAUUUUGAAUAUACUUCAAUAAAACAAUUAUGGAAAGGUAGACGGGUAAUACAUAAAGAAAUCCAUAAUUAUUGGAAAUGAAGAUGGACUCUAAAGCCCUCUCUGCUGCUGUUGGCCACAAUAGUUAUUGUAUACACCAUCACAUGUAUUGUUAUCUUAUAUGCUUGGUCCUGAUGUCUGACUGUAUCUUUCCUUUCUGUCACCUUUUAUUUUGUCACAUUACAUUUUAUCAAUAAAAUGAUAAAGCACAA